AUGCCCUACAAUAAUAAUAGCAUGAACAUUUAUUACUCAAAUAAAAACUUCAUUUUCAAUAGUAAAAAAAAACAAGUAUACAUAAUGAAUAAGAAUUUUAUCAAAUAUUAUGGAAAAAUUUUUUUCGUUAUUCAUCGGAUUAUUGAAUUUUUUGGUCGAUGGAUAUUUCUUCUUGCGGCACGAUUCUCAGGAGAGCCAGAAACACUGCCACCAAUCGAUGAUGGAAUAGUUUUAAUGCGAAGUGCAAAAGCUCUUUCAAUUAUGAUUCUGCUUAAAAAGAUAAAUUCCGAAACCGUCGUCCAGGCUUGUAUUGAUCGAAUCAAAAAAAUUCAGCCGGUACUAAAUUGUGUGGUUGAAAAUCGAUUUACGGAAGCCUUAAAUGAAGCUCGUGAAUGUGAUCGUAUUUUGAAAUUUGCCGAUCCAUCCAUUCUUGACCUUCUGAAAAAAGAAAAACCUCUGUUUGGGGUACCAUUUACAACUAAGGAUUGUAUAGGUAUUAAAGAUAUGAAACAAACUGCUGGAUUGUAUUCACGAAGAAAUAUUCAGGCCGAGAAAGAUGCAGACGUCAUUCAACUAUUAAGACAAGCUGGCGCGAUUCCAAUUGCUACUACUAACGUUUCUGAGUUAGCAAUGUGGUGGGAAAGUGCGAAUUGUAUAUACGGAAAAACCAAUAAUCCAUAUCAUACUUGGCACAUUGUUGGAGGUUCUUCAGGUGGUGAAGGCUGUCUUCAAGCUGCAGCUGGUGCACCAUUCGGUAUUGGAUCAGAUAUUGGAGGAUCCAUCCGAAUGCCUUGUUUUUUUAAUGGAAUAUUUGGCCACAAACCAUCGAGAGGUAUUGUAUCAAACGUUGGUCAAUAUCCGUCUCCACAUACUGAGAAGCAAAAUCAAUUAUUAGCAAUCGGUCCGAUGUGUCGUUACGCAACUGAUUUGAAACAUAUUUUAAAAGUUAUUGCUGGUGAUAAUGUUUCCAAAUUGAAUCUUGAUGCUACUGUGGAUAUUUCGAAACUAAAAUUUUAUUAUAUGGAAGAUGAUGGGGGUCAACUCUUUGUAUCACCCGUUUCUCAAGAUAUAAAACAAAAAAUCAAUAAGGUGAUUUGGUAUUUGAAAACAGGUUACAAAAUAAAAGCAGAAAAAGUUGUAAUUAAAAAAUUCAAAAAUAGUCUUGCGAUUUGGCUUGCAAAUAUGGUUUCUCCCGUUGGAGAAGAUUUUGCUCAUGAAUUAAGUAAUCGACAAGGACGUAUAACUAUUUGGUGGGAAUUCAUUAAGUGGAUGAUGUGCUCUAGCUGUCAUACAUUUAUCGCCUUAAUAACCGCAGCAUUUGAAAGUUUUGGUAUGAAAAGGGACGAUGAAAAAAGAGCAAAAUUAUUAACACAAACUCUUGAACUUCGCGAUGAAUUUCAUAAUAUGCUGGGUUCCGAUGGUGUCUUCUUAUAUCCAACUCAUCCAACGCCUGCUCCACUUCACCAUGAAACAAUAUUGAAACCCUUCAAUUUUUCUUAUACUGCGAUCAUUAACUGCCUUGGUUUACCGGCAACUGCUUGUCCUUUAGGGUUUAGCAAUGGUCUUCCAAUAGGAAUACAAGUUGUGGCAGGUCUUAAUCAAGACCACUUGUCGAUAGCUGUUGCGGAAGAGUUAGAGCGUAUAUUUGGUGGAUGGGAAAAACCAAAAUAG